UCAAAUAAUAAUUUAUAAUCUUUCAUACAAAAAUCUUUUGUCUGUAUGCUGAUGCGAUCUGAUAUUUUUCCAUCUUCCUUUUCCUCUCAUCCACCAUCGUUUUUCUUUCUAUAAUUUACAAACCUUUGCGUGGUGGAGGUUUGACGGCGGUACUUCAUGGUGGGAAGAAACAUGGUUGCAUCGGCAAAGGAGAACAAGUUCCUAACCGUCGCACCAUUCGAGUGCGCUUGGAGCGAUGACCUCAAGUUCCGCGAAGCCGGGCGAGGCUGCGUCGCCUUUGACGCCUUCGCUCACAACGACGUCACAGUGGUGUUCAGAGAGAACGUGGGGAGCCAGCAUUACCAUUACAAGAAAGACAACAGCCCUCACUACAUUGUCAUCAUCGGUAGCAACAGGAACCGGAGGCUGAAGAUUCAGGUCGACGGGGAGUCCGUGGUGGACGAGGAGGCUUCUGGUCUCUGCCGCUGCUCCCUGGAGUUCGAGAGUUACUGGAUAAGCGUCUACGAUGGUUUGGUCAGCAUCGGGAAAGGUCGGUACCCGUUUCAGAACCUGGUGUUUCAGUGGCAGGACGCGAAGCCUAACUGUAGUGUUCAGUACGUUGGGCUGAGCAGCUGGGAUAAGCAUGUUGGGUAUAGGAAUGUGAGUGUGUUUCCUGUGACAAGUAAUCAUAUCUCUCUGUGGAAGCAAGUAGGAGAUGAGAAGUUUGUGGAGGAAGGGACGGGUACUUAUGAUUAUGAACAGUGGGGGCUUGGUAACUUUCUGGAGAGCUGUGAGUUAUCUGACAUGAUCUUUCUUGUUGGUGAAGAGGAAGUGGAUGUACCUGCUCACAAGGUUAUCUUGCAAGCAUCAGGUAGCUUUCCUUUGAGUGGAGAUGUGGUUCAGCUUCGUGGUGGUGUCUCGUAUCCGAUUCUUCAUGCGCUUCUUCAGUAUAUCUACACAGGACGAACUCAGGUUUUGGAAUCGGAACUUGCUUCGUUGCGGGAUUUGAGUUCUGAGUUUGAAGUGAUGCCAUUGGUGAGACAGUGUGAUGAAUGUAUAAACCGAUUGAAACUAAGCAACAGAGACUCCUGCGAGAAAGUUGAACUAUCGUGUCCAGUUUCUCACCCUUUAUCUGGUUUUAUGUUCCCAACUGCUUUCCCUGCUGAUGUGUGUAAGCUGAGAGCGUUCUACUCAAGCGGCGAGUAUAGUGACGUGAAGAUAUGUCUCGGUGAACAUGGUCUCACUUUCCAGUCUCACAAAGUCAUUCUCAGUCUUUGGAGUGUUGCAUUUGCAAAGAUGUUUACAAAUGGGAUGAGUGAGAGCCAUUCGUCAACGAUCUACUUAACCGAUGUGUCACCAGAAGCGUUCAAGGCUAUGCUUAAUUUCAUGUAUAGCGGAGAGUUGAACAUGGAAGACACUGUGAACUUCGGUACCGAUCUGAUCCAUCUUCUCUUUCUAGCUGACCGGUUUGGAGUUGUCCCACUUCAUCAAGAAUGCUGCAAAAUGCUCUUAGAGUCUCUCUCCGAGGAUUCUGUAUGCUCAGUUCUACAAGUGGUUUCGUCUAUCUCAUCAUGUAAACUCAUUGAGGAGAUGUGCAAGAGGAAGUUCUCCAUGCACUUUGACUACUGUACCACGGCGAGUUUGGACUUUGUCUUGUUAGAUCAGGCCACUUUCAGUGAUAUUCUUGAGUCUGCAGAUCUAACAGUGACAUCUGAGGAAAAGAUUCUUGAUGCUGUUCUCAUGUGGUGCAUGAAAGCUGAGGAGCCACAGCGUUGGGAAGAUAUAGAUGAGCUGAUGAAAUAUUCUAAUCCAGAAACUUUGUUCAAAGAAAGACUUCAGUCACUUGAUGACUUGUUGCCUCAUGUACGCUUCUCUUUGUUGCCACACGAGUUGCUUGAGAGGUUAGAAAACAGCAACUUAAGCAGACAAAUCCCAGUAUUCAAUCAUCUUGUAAAGGAGGCUGCUAGUUUUUUGGCUUCCAGAUUGACAUGCCCAGGAAAUGAAGCCACGCUCCAACACCGGAGAUCGAGUUUCAAGGAGCUUCAGUACAUACGUGAUGGGGACAGCAAUGGGGUGCUUCACUUUGUUGGUACAUCUUAUGGUAGUCAUCAAUGGGUCAACCCUGUUCUCGCAAAGAAAAUCAUCAUUACAUCAAGCAGCCCCACUUCAAGAUUUACUGAUCCGAAGGCUUUAGCUUCAAAAACCUAUGUGGGUACUUCCUUUGCAGGGCCUAGGAUGGAAGACGGACGUAUAUCUUCCUGGUGGAUGGUGGACUUAGGCGAAGAUCACCAGCUUAUGUGCAACUACUACACGUUCAGACAAGACGGGUCAAGAGCAUACGCAAGGUCGUGGAAGUUUCAGGGAUCAAUGGAUGGGAAAACAUGGACGGACUUGAGAGUCCAUGAGAACGACCAAACAAUGUGCAAGGCUGGUCAGUUUGCAUCUUGGCCAAUCACAGCAGCAAAUGCUUUGCUUCCCUUCAGAUUUUUCAGGCUGGUUCUGACCGGUCCAACCGCAGACACCUCAACUCCUUGGAACUUUUGCAUUUGCUACUUGGAACUCUACGGUUACUUCCGUUGAAGAAACUACACUUGUAAUGAAAAUGGCCUGUUUAACUCUCUCCACUACACACACGUGUGCUUUUUUUUUCCUUUUUGUUGUUGUAUCUUUUUGAAUCAUGGAAAAACUAUUUGACAGAAUAAAGAUUUCAAAUGGUUUUUAGA